AUGGCAGACUUGUUUGUUGGCAAGAUCUUGGAUAAUUUUGUUAUGCAGUGGUUGAGGAAGCCAACAAAUGAAAAUCCAACUCAUGUUGCUAGCCCUACUCUGUACAAAAACAUUUCUCUUCUAUCCAUAGUGGGUCAUGGUGGCAUGGGCAAGACAACUCUCUUACAACACAUCUAUGAAGAUCUGAAAGAAGAAUUUGAACUGAAAAUGUGGGUUUGUGUUUCCAACGACUUUGAUGCAAAAAAGGUGAUUGCCAAUAUGUUGGAAUGUCUUAACAAGGAGAGGCCUCAUUUGGAGUCACUCGCUGCUGUUCAAGAGAGUCUUAAAGUUGUCGUGCAAUCUAAAAGGUUCUUGCUUGUUCUAGAUGACAUUUGGGAAGAAGAUAUGGGCAAAUGGGAGAAUGUACUCUGCCCUCUAGUUUACGGAGGCUUGGGAAGUAAAAUUUUGUUGACUACCCGGUUGGAUACAGUUGCAUCGGCGAUUGCACGCGUUAUUAGUAAGGAUAAAGAAAUUUAUCCAUUAAAUGGCUUAGAGGAAGAUGUGUGUUUGAAGCUACUCAACAACCAUGCAUUUGCUGGUGUAAAGAACCUUGGUGCUCAUACAAAGUUAACAGACAUUGCUAGUUCGAUAGUUAAAAAGCUUUCAGGCUCUCCAUUAGCCGCAAAGGUCAUUGGUGGUGUUCUCAAUUCUAAAUUGAAUGAGAGCUUUUGGUUGAAAGUUUUAGAAAGUAAUGUUGUAAUAGUAGAACCAGAACCGAGUCGCAAUAACAUUUUGCUUAUCUUAAAAUUGAGUUUUACAUUUCUCCCACAACCUCUACAAAAUUGCUUUGCAUUUUGUGGCGUAUUCCCACAAGAUCAUGAGUUUAAUAAAGAUGAUUUGGUUCGAAUAUGGAUUGCAUUGGGUUUCAUUCAGGAAUCUUCAAUUGAAGGAGAGACUUUGGAAGAUAUUGGAGGAAGGUAUUUUGAUGUUUUGGUCAGAAAAUCUUUCUUUGAUGAGUUUCACGAUUAUAAGAGAAUAUACUAUAAGAUGCAUGAUUUAUUACAUGAUUUGGCAGAGUCUAUUUCUUCAGAGGAAUGUUUCGGAUUUGUGGGAGAUGAUGUUCUGUCUUUUAAACUUCCUAAAAAUGUUCGACACUUAUUUGUUAAAACCGAAAAUCCAGAAGUGUUGAGAAUGAUCAUAGAUGUUAAAAAUCUACAUUCUCUUUUUUUGACAGUUGAUUAUCAAGAUUUAACUGAAAUACUUAUUGAGAUUUUUGGAGCAUCGAGAAGGAUUCGUUUGUUGUUCAUAUGCUCUCGAAGGACGAAAAAAAUUUCUGAGGCUAUUAAAAAUUUGAGACAUCUUCGAUAUUUGAAUCAUGAUGGAUAUCUCACUCAGAUGCCAAGAUCUCUAAGCAGUCUUUAUCAUUUGCAGUUCAUAAUCUGUAGAAAUCGUGGAGUCCCCUCUGAAGUUCUCUUACCAUACGAUGUGAGUAAUCUUUCUAACCUGCGUCGCUUGGAAUUGCACCAUAAAGUAUUUUCUAGUGUACCUGGAAUUGGGAAAUUAAGAUCACUUCAAGAACUAAAUGAGUUUAAUGUUAAGAAUGAGAAUGGUUAUAGAAUUGGGGAGUUGGAACAGAUGAGGGAGUUGCGCAAAUUAAAAAUUCAUUUUCUAGAAAACGUGAAGGAUGCAAUAGAGGCUUGCAAUGCAAAAUUAUUUGAGAAGAGAAAACUAACAGAUUUAUUCUUGAAUUGGGGCAAUACUGUUGACGAGAAAUUUGGAAGCAUAAAAGUUCCUCAGCUCCAGCAGCUUCUACACAUCCCUGGCUCUCUGAAACAAUUAUUUCUUAACCACCUGGAAUCAUUGCAGUGCCUGCCAUCUUCUUUGCCGGCCAUCUCAUCCCUCAAGCAUCUAGAAUUAGAAAGCAUUCCACUCCUCAAAUCAUUGCCAGAACUCCCUCCCUCUUUGUUUCGUCUGUAUAUAGAGAGUCUUAAGCUAGAGUGCCUGCCAUCUUCUUUGUCGGCCAUAUCAUCCCUCAAGUUUGUAGAUUUAGCUUACAUUCCACUCGUCAAAUCAUUGCCAGAACUCCCUCCCUGUUUGUCUAGUCUGGCUAUAUGUAGUCUUGAUAACCUAGAGUGCCUUCCAUCUUCUUUGUCGGCCAUCUCAUCCCUCAUGGAGCUUCAUUUAGAAAUCAUUCCACUCCUCAAAUCAUUGCCAGAUCUCCCUCCCUCUUUGUCUUGUAUGUUUAUAACGAGUCUUGAUAAACUAGAGUGCCUGCCAUCUUCUUUGUCGGCCAUCUCAUCCCUCCAGCUUCUAAAUUUAGAUAGCAUUCCACUCCUCAAAUCAUUGCCAGAACCCCCUCCCUCUUUGUGUGAACUAUAUAUAAAGAGUCUUGAUAAGCUAGAGUGCCUGCCAUCUUCCUUGUCGGCCAUCUCAUCCCUCAUGCUUCUAGAAUUAGAAAGCAUUCCACUCCUCAAAUCAUUGCCAGAACUCCCUCCCUCUUUGCCUCGUCUGUCUAUAAAGAGUCUUGAUAACCUAGAGUGCCUGCCAUCUUCUUUGUCGGCCAUCUCAUCCCUCAAGCAUCUAGAAUUAGAUAGCAUUCCACUCCUCAAAUCAUUGCCAGACCUCCCUUCCUCGUGUUCAAUAAAAGUAACAAAUUGUGAUCCAGAGUUGAUGAAGCGUUAUUAACAAAUAUUGAGGGCACAAGAUUGCAUACGUUCCCCAUGUGCCUGGACUCCAUUAUUCAUGUUGAACAUAAAGCUAUUCUUGAGGAAAUGAGAAGCUGUUAUUCUUCUUACUUGCAAGACCAACCAUGGGAAACUAUGUCUGGCCGACAUGAUGUAUCCCCAAAUGGGUCAAUGGGAACCAAUCACAAGGAGACAAACUACCCCAGCAUUCUUGAAGAUGGAAAAAUUCUAGAUAACUUCAACCUGGGGAGGAUUUUUGAAUCCCUUUCUUCUGGUAAAGGUGAU